AUGAUUUUUGAUGAAAUACCAUAUGAUGAUUCAAAUUAGAAUGAAAACUUAUAUGAGAACACUUCUCAUGAAUUACUUCUAUAAUAAUUGAAAAACCUAGCAACUGUAUAGGAAGCAAAAAUUUAUAGUACUUUAAAUCAAGAUUGGAAGGCUCAAUUGGAUCCUUAAGUAAGAUAAUGGAUGACUUAAGUGAGAUAACAAUAUUUUGAGACAUAAAAAAAGUCACAGAAAGUUGUCUCUAAUAUUUAACUCGAAUCUUUCUCAAUUGAUAAUCAAACUGCUGAUUUACAAUUAGAUGAUUAUUUCUAAUUGUGA